GGGGGGGGAGCACCUCGGCCAGAGAGCCAGACCCAGCUGAGGUGAGAAGUAAAACACGGAGCGGUUUAGGAUCGUAACUCCUUGCGGAGAGUGCUUUGGAUUUUUGUUGAGUUCCUUAUGUCUUCCCCUGAAAUUGCCUCCCUUUCAUGGGGGCAAAUGAAAGUUCAAGGCACAACUAAAACCUAUAAGGACUGCAAAGUGUGGCCAGGGGGAAGUCGGGCUUGGGACUGGAGAGAAACUGGAACUGAGCAUUCUCCUGGUGUGCAGCCUGCAGAUGUGGAGGAAGUUGUCAAGAAGGGUGUGCAGACCCUUGUGAUUGGCCGAGGGAUGAGUGAGGCCUUGAAGGUGCCCCCGUCAACCCUGGAGUACCUCGAGAAGCAAGGCAUUGACGUGCGGGUCCUCCAGACAGAGCAGGCAGUGAAGGAGUACAAUGCCUUGGUUGCCCAAGGUGUCAGGGUGGGAGGGGUCUUCCAUUCCACCUGCUGAUGGAGCCUUAAGAGAAUAAAUUACUAAGCAGUAA